AUGGCGGACAACGAGGCUGAGCAAGCUUUCUUUCAAGCCCAAGCCAUGGAAGCAGAGUCAGACAAUGCGGCUUCAACAGAAGACCAAGCUGCCGAUAACGACGACGACGAAGAAGAAUAUGACCCCUCGAAACCCCUAGACGACCAAUACGAGGUUGCUGAAUACACCCAGGAGGAUGAAGAUGAUUCCGCUGCUCCCAACCCGACUGCCGCUGAAGACGCCGACACUGGCCCUGCUGAUGACUCCCCGAAUUCUUCCCAGAACCCCUCGCGUGCUGAGUCUCAGUCGUCCACGCCAUUGCCUCCCGCAGGUGCGACGGCACAACCUCAGACCAGAACGAUUGGGGGAUUUGUGGUUGAGGAUGAUGAGGAUGAGGAUGAAAAAGAUGAGGCGGACUAUGAGCCCCCAGCGGUACUUGGGGUGGAUGACACAAAUGCCAUGCCUAUGACUAUGUCUGAAGAUCCAAGCUCAGGAAAUGCAAAUCAAAACACUUCCCAAGAUGUAUCGCACCAGGAGGGCACGGCCGCAGUGCCAGAUCUUGCCAAUAGUUCUUAUUCUCAUGUUCCCGUUCCUAAUAUCGAUCCCUCGGCUUCUGGCCAAGCUUCUUGGACUGGGGCCGCGAUUGAUGCGAGCCACCAAAGCAGUACUGUUCCUACUCCUGUACUUGAUGACUCUGCCGUUAGCAGAUCUCGUUUGCCCCAUGACCGGGUGGGCAUCUUGCAAGAUCGGGUCGAUGAGGAUCCCCGAGGUGAUCUUUCUGCGUGGUUGGAGUUAAUUGCUGAGCACAGAGGCCGUAACAGACUCGACAGUGCGCGCGAGGUUUACGAGCAGUUCUUGAAGGUGUUCCCCAUGGCGGCCGAUCAAUGGGUAGCUUAUGCGACAAUGGAAUCCGAACUCAACGAACUCUUCCGCCUGGAGCAGAUCUUCAACCGAACCCUCCUUACCAUCCCCAGUGUGAACCUUUGGUCGGUAUAUCUCGAUUAUGUUCGUCGCCGCAACCCCUUAACCACCGAUACCACCGGACAAGCGAGACGAGUCAUUUCGUCGGCAUAUGAUUUGGCUCUUCAAUAUGUGGGUAUGGACAAGGAUGGCGGCAACAUUUGGACCGACUAUGUUGAGUUCAUUCGUUCCGGUCCAGGGAAUGUUGGAGGCACCGGAUGGCAGGAUCAGCAGAAGAUGGACUUGUUGCGAAAAGCGUACCAAAAGGCGAUUUGUGUUCCGACCCAGGCUGUCAAUGCUUUAUGGAAGGAAUAUGAUCAAUUUGAGAUGGGCCUCAACAAACUGACUGGCCGCAAGUUUUUGCAAGAACACUCGCCAUCGUACAUGACAGCGCGAAGCUCUUAUACUGAGCUGCAGAACAUCACCCGGGAUUUGGUUCGAACUUCUCUGGCCCGGCUGCCUCCUGUCGCUGGAUCCGAGGGUGACGUUGAGUAUGCUCAGCAGGUUGAAAUUUGGAAGCGCUGGAUCGCUUGGGAGAAAGAGGACCCGUUGGUCUUGAAAGAGGAUGACCCUGCCGCAUUUAAAGCUCGUGUGGUGUAUGUCUACAAGCAGGCCUUGAUGACUCUCCGAUUCCUGCCCGAGAUUUGGUUUGACGCUUCUGAGUUCUGUUUUUUGAAUGAUAUGGAGAACGAGGGGAACGAUUUCCUCAAGCAAGGUAUUGAAGCCAACCCAGAGAGCUGCUUGUUGUGCUUCAAGCGAGCAGAUAGGCUGGAGUUUACGUCCGACUCGGAACAGGAUUCUGUCAAGCGGGCAGCUAAGGUCAGGGAGCCUUUUGACCCCUUGCUUGAUUCCCUCUAUGAGUUGAUCACCAAGGCCAAAGCUCGGGAAUCUCAAGAUAUUGCACGUAUCGAGGAGGCAUUUGCGAAGCAAAUCCCCGAAGGGCAGGCCGUACCCAACGACGACGACGAUGAUGUUUCAACCGAGACAAAGGAGCAGGAGGCAGCCAAAAAGGCACAGAUUGAUGCUGUUCGGAAAGCCCAUGGUGUCCAAAUCAACAUUCUCUCAAAGAGCGUUUCCUUUGCAUGGAUUGCACUGAUGCGUGCCAUGCGUCGCAUUCAGGGUAAAGGCAAACCAGGAGAACUGGCAGGCUCUCGCCAGAUCUUUGCAGAGGCUCGCAAGAGAGGCCGUAUCACUAGCGAUGUAUACAUUGCCAGUGCACUUAUGGAAUACCACUGCUACAAAGACCCUGCAGCAACCAAGAUUUUUGAGAGAGGUGCUAAGUUGUUCCCUGAAGACGAAAACUUUGCCCUCGAAUACCUUAAGCAUCUUAUUGACAUCAAUGAUAUCAUAAACGCAAGGGCAGUCUUUGAGACAACUGUUAGGAGGUUUGCCGCCAACCCCGACAGUGUGCACAAGGCUAAGCCGAUAUUCUCUUUCCUACACGAGUAUGAGUCCCGUUACGGUGACUUGGUUCAGGUGAUCAACCUAGAAGCUCGUAUGCGAGAGCUCUAUCCUGAAGAUCCCACACUGGAGCAAUUUACACACCGAUUUUCCACACCUUCGUUUAAUCCUUUGUCUUUCCAGCCCAUUCUGUCUCCUACUCAGACCAGGCCAAAGACAUUGGCAACAGGCAUUAUGCCGGAGUCUCGCAUGGACCCGCAGGAUGCUUCUUUCAGCUCCCCAAAACGCUCCUACCCCGCCGACGAUGACUAUGAUUCCGAUCGUCCCCGUAAAUUUGCUCGUGCUGAGUCACCGCUGAAGGCCGUCCAGGGUCGACGCGUUGACCAGCAGAAACGUUCCACACCACUGAACGGACAACUUAAUUCGUCAUACAAGCCGCAAGGAUCUCCUGCUCCCUUGCCCCGCGACGUGGUUCAUCUUCUAAGCAUUAUUCCUCCUUCAUCGGCCUACAACAUCUCCCGUCUUUCGCCAGAAAAAAUGGUUGAUCUUCUUCGCAGAGUUGAUAUCCCUGCAUCUACUGCACAGAUUCCUCUACCAGCGAAUGUUCGAGGGCCUGGCGCGGGCCAGAACCAGUACUCUGGUUCCUACCGUUGA